AUGUCUUUCCAGGAACGCGCCCAGUCGCACAUUUCGCAGCUCGACAAGGAGCUGUCCAAGUACCCUGCCCUCAACAACUUUGAGCAGCAGAGCUCCGUCCCCAAGGUCUACGUUGUCCUCGGUCUCGGUGCCCUCUACUUCUUCCUGAUCUUCUUCAACAUUGCUGGCGAGUUCCUCGUCAACUUUGCUGGCUUCAUCAUCCCCGGCUACUACUCGCUGGAGGCUCUCUUCUCCCAGACUAAGGCCGAUGACACCCACUGGUUGACCUACUGGGUCACCUACGCCUUCUUGACCGUUCUCGAGAGCGCUGUCAACGCCGUCUACUGGUUCCUNGGUGCCAAGAUUGUCUUCAAUUCCCUCCUCCACCCUCUCUUCGGCCGCUUCUUCAACCAGGGCCCCAUCGAGAAUGCCAAGACCCAGUAA